GUUGACGAUCGACAGGCGCGGGCGUGUGGUGCCGCUUCAUGCCUCCCUUCCGCGAGUUCCUCGUCGACGAACGACGUUGCGUUGAUGCGCUCUACCACGUGGACAAGUCUGAAGGACACGCUCACCUUGCAUGUGCUUGUCUGGCAGCCAUGUCAUUCGAGAAUUACUGCCAUAACCUGCAGGAGCGGGAUCCACGGUCUCGCCUUGCGUGUGUCAACUUCAACAUAAUGGCAGGCAAGUGGUGGGUGCAUGUCAGGCAUGCCAAAUAUACCGCCGAGCUGGAGGAGCAUCUAUAUCGGUUUGUGCAAGAUAUCCGACUGGCUUUGCAUGCAUGGAUAUACACGGAGUUCGGUCCUGAUCAGAUAAACUGUACUACACAAGAUAUAUGGAAUUAUCUCCAGCCUUCCGAAGCCAGGAGAGUAAUAUGCUCCGAGUUCCUCAAGUUCGGAAUCUAUGUCAAACUGUGGCAGUUUGGAGUUGCCAGAUCCCCAAACCACACUCAACCGCAAGUCACUUCGGGCGACAUAUCACGGGCCAUACAAAAGGUUCCUCCCCAAGUCCAAGAGUUGCUUCCUGGCCUGGACCUCACUGUUAACGAUAGCCACUUGGCACGAUAUCAAGCAAUCAUGGAGGACCUCAUGACGCAGAUAAACCAGGAUGCAAGAACCAGGGAGGUGUGGCGUAUAGGUUGGUCUACGGAGGUAGUUUAUUUGGCGAGCCAGGACACCCUCUACGAUGUUGAGCCCACUGCCAUGCCUCUCCGUGUUCCAACUAUUACUGCCGCAUCAUCUUCACCCACCACCACUGUGGCACUAUCAGAGACAUUUUCCACUCCGCCCCCAGAGAAUGGUACUGGUCCCUCUAGUGACGAGAUGAGGUGCCCGAUGCGGCCGAUGAUGUCCUGUCGCCCCUUAAUGCCCUCGACGAUGGACUUGCCGGCUACCCUGCAACUCCCCAUAUGGCGAUGUCUGGUAUUUAUACCGGCUCAACGCCUGCGACCGCAGACGGAACAUGGCCCUCCAUACUCUCCUCACCUAUCCCAGGCUAAGCCGAUGAAGGUCCCGCUGUACCCAGCAUGA